CGUCCAGCAGCUGAUCGGUAAUCCAGAAGAAGUUUCCCCUCAGUUAGGGGGGAGCUCCACUUUGAAGCAGGAGACUCCACAACCACCCUGCAUUAAAAAGGAAGAGGAGGAACUCUGCAUCACUCAGGAGGGAGAGUGUCUUCUAGGACGAGAGGAAGCUGAUUACACCAAGUUUCCACUGAGUAUUCUCUCUGUGAAGACUGAAGAUGAUGAAGAGAAACCACAAGUAGACAACCUCUUAGCUCCACUAUCAGAUAGUGAGGCUGAAGACGAGGUUGAAGAACCUUUGAGCAGCGAUAAAGACUGUGAAGGUGAUAUGAGGACUCACACUGACAACAAUCACUCUGAAUGCUCUACAAAGAAGAGAGGUAAAACAUGUUUGACCUGCUCAGUUUGUGCUAAAAGUUUUACUAAAAAGAGCCGUUUGACUCGACACAUGAGAACACACACAGGUGAAAAACCAUUUAAUUGUUCAGUUUGUGGCAAACGCUUUUCUCGAAAUUGUCUUUUGACUGAACACAUGAGAAGACACACAGGAGAAAUAACAUUUAACUGUUCAAUUUGUGGUGAAACCUAUUCUUUUAAGAGCCAUUUGAAUCAACACAUGAGAACACACACAGGUGAAAAAACAUUUAAUUGUUCAGUUUGUGGCAAAAUCUUUAAUCGAAAUACCUAUUUGACUCAACACAUGAGAACACACACAGGUGAAAAACCCUUUAGUUGUUCAGUUUGUCGCAAAAGCUUUACUCAAAAUAGCCAUGUGAUUCAACACAUGAGAACACACACAGGUGAAAAACCAUUCAGUUGUUCAGUUUGUGGCAAAAGCUUUACUAUACAGAGCAAAUUGACUCAACACGUGAGAACACACACUGGAGAAAAACCAUAUAAGUGUUCAGUUUGUGGCAAGAGCUUUCCUUAUAGCAGCUCUUUGUGUCAACACAUGAGAACACACGCUGGAGAAAAAACAUUUAGUUGUUCAGUGUGCUGUAAAAGGUUCCCACAUAAUGCAGAUGCAGUAAAACAUAUGAGAACACACAAGGGAAAAUAAGCACUUAGCUGUUUAGUUUGUGGUAUGCUGCUCAUAUGUGGCAACAUCCACCCUAACAGGUUCAAGCCGGCCCGCGAGAUGAGUUUGCGAAGUGUAAAAUUCAGCUGCAUUUUUUAAUUAAAGAAACUGCUGUUCUAAAUGUGUCCACUGGAUGUCGCAAUAGCAAUUCUGUUAGGCAAGCAAAUAGUUUAAUCCGGGGCGAGCAAGUAUACCAAGCAAGAGGUACACGGUGUGACUCCUCCCCCUCCACCCAACGUAAAACAGGAGUAAAAUAAGCAAUCAGUAACCCCACUUAAAAUGCAGCAUGAGACACUGCACACUGAUAUAGUUCUGUGAAAAUGAUUGUCUUCUGUGCAAAUGUAAAGAAAGUGAACAGUGUGUGAUUUACUGCAAUACUGUCAGUCUUUUAACUUUUUAUUUGUGCUUUGUGGAAAUUGUUCACACAUUGCACUGCUUUUAUUUUUAUAUCAAUACACAUUAUGUCUAGAAGACAGGAAGUAACUCAACACUCUUGAAUAGUUUCUACCUCAGUUUGUAUGGUUUGUUGAGUUAGUACAGGAUUAAUAUGUGGAAAUGACAAAUGAGGUAGUUGAUACAUAGAAUAGUUUUUAUUCAUGCUUUAUUUAGUUUGUUGUUCAAUCCUAGAUGGGUUGUGACUUAGAGUUAAUCUCAGUGUUUCUAUUAAACUUCAAAUUCAUUGUGUUCUUUAAGGUGUUUUUGAAAAUGCACCAUUUUCCCCUCUACAUGUUAAACUAAUUUGAAGUGUUUUGUCAAGAGGAUUAUUUGUGAUAUGUAUAUUUUCAGAAUGUGCUUGUUCUAUUUU